CUAGACGCUGAUUGGUUGAGCAGCUCAUCCCUAGUUCCCUGCUGUAGCGAUAUCUACUGUUGAUGUGUCACCUCCUCGACUAGCCGGAGAGAUCAAUAUUCAGUUCAUUUCAGAUCCCCAUCCAACAACAAUGGCUCUGGCGCAUUCGGCGUGGAGGUGAGCCGGACCAUGGACGAGCCGGGUGCUGACGGCGUCAUGGACGUACCAAAGGAAGCCCCCCCAGCCGACCUGCUCCACAACAUCAACAAUAACAACCAUGGCAAUGACAAAGACGGCGGUGUCGGCGACCCCACACCUUCGGAUCCUGAGGAGGAAGAGAUCUGUCUGGAUAGUGGGGACGAGGCAGAGGGAACCAACACGCCUCUCGCCUGUAACGAGAACAAGGCCGAGCCGGACGUUCAAAAGGAUGCUCAGUCUACACCCAGCGAGCCUGCCCCUCCAACCCAGCACUUAGGUCAGGCGCCAGCAGGGGACCAGGAGGGGCGACCCGGGGCCGGUUCUAACAGUGGAGACCAUCAACCCUCAACCCGCUCUCUUCCAGACCGGGCUGGGGAACCACUGCCCCCCACAACCGGCCCUUCAGGUGACCUGAAAGAAAGCUCCCCCUCAGUUCUCGAGGGAACCACAGAGGAAGACCUAUUGACUUUGGAGGAGGUGAGAGACACUCCUCCUCCUAUUCCUCCUGCUGCUGAGGCUUCUCAGGAGGGGGACACGGCCCCCUCGAACCCGAGUCCUGAAGGUUUAACGGGGUCCUCCCCGGCCUUCGGAGCCACAACGAGCGAGACCGGGGCGCUCCCCUCCUCCGCCCAGCGUCCCCCGGAACCGUCGCCGCCGCCGACCCUCGCGGCCAACGGCGGUGUCCCGAACGGCCCCUCCACCCCGCCCUCCGUCCCGGCGGGCUCCUCCGUCGCCCCCAGCCCGCAAACCGACUCCCCCGACCGGGCCGCCGUCCGCUCCCACGCCCUGUCCAGCCCCUACGACACGGACUGCAGCCGCAAGCUCCUCGCGGAGAUCCAGCGCUCGGUGUCGCAGGAGUCCCUGCUGGACGAGCUGGAGUCGGAGAUCCUGGCCUGCCGCCUGCCCGGGACCACCGGCGGCGGGGGGGGGCCCGGAGGAAAGGGGAACCGGCCGGUGAACGGGGCUCCCAAGGAGCAGCAGAGGGAGGAGGAGGAGUGCAUGGUGGCCUUUGAGAAGUGUGUGCAGCACAAGUACACGCAGCAGGAGCACGCCAUCAAGAGGCUGCAGGAUGAGAACAAGAAGCACCAGGAUCUGAUCCUGGGUAUCUGCUCGGAGAAGGACACCAUGCGGGGGGAGCUGAAGAAGAGAGGCGAGAUGGAGAGACUCCAUGUGGCCACCAUCAGCAAGCUGGAGGACCGGGUGGGCGAGCUGCUGAAGGAGCUGAGGGAGUCGCGGGACAAGAUGGUGCACCAGGACCAGAGCACCAAGGCCUCGGUGCACCAGCUGCAGCGGGACAUGGCCCAGCGCCUGGAGCAGCUGAACAAGAAGUGUGACGAGGCCCGCCAGGAGAAGGAGACCAUGGUGAUGAAGUACGUGAGGGGGGAGAAGGAGGCGCUGGACCUGCGCAGGGACAAGGAGUCGCUGGAGAAGAAGCUGAGGGAGGCCACCAAGGAGGUGGACCGCCAGGCCCUGAGGGGGAACCAGCUGGCCCAGGAGAAAGGCCGGCUGCAGCAGCUCCACGAUGCUAAGGAGGGCGAGGUGAGCCGGAUGACUCGAGAGCUGGACAAGCUGAAGGAGGAGAUCAACUCCCAGCUCAUCAAAGCCAAGUGGGCUCAGAACAAACUGAAGAGUGAGAGCGACGCCCACAAGGAGACUAAGGAUAAACUGAAGGAGACGACAGCCAAACUCGUCCAGGCCAAAGAAGAGACGGAACAGAUACGCAAGAACUGUCAAGACAUCAUCCGAACAUACCAGGAGUCUGAGGAGAUUAAAUCCAACGAGCUGGAUGCAAAGCUGAAGGAGACGAAGGGAGAGCUGGAGAAACGCAAGCAGGAGCACACCGACCAGCAGGAGGUGCACAGGGUGAAGGCCAAGGAGCUGGAAGACCUCAGGAGGAAGUACAAGGAGUCCAUGGAUGAGCUGGAAACCCUGCGGACCAAGCUGCGGUGUCUGGAGGAGGAGCGUCCGCGCUGGGAGGAGGAGCUCCAGAAGUACAGAGAGAUGAUCAACCGGCAGAAGGCUGAGAUCGGCCAGCAGAGAGAGAGACUGGGGGAGAUCGACCGCCUGGAGGAGCAGCACCUACAGGACCAGCAGGAGGUGUCGGCCCUGCAGGAGGAGUCGGGCGGGCUGAACGGGCAGAUCUCGGAGCUCCAGCGCGACGUGGAGGGCAGCCGGGAGCGCGAGGCGGAGCUGCUGGGCUUCACCGAGAAGCUGAGCAGCAAGAACGCCCAGCUGCAGUCGGAGAGCAACGGCCUGCAGGGCCACCUGGACGCGCUGCGGGCCGGCGCCACCGACCUCCAGGCCCGCCUUCAGGACACCCAGGGCCUGCUGCAGGACAAGGCCCAGAGGUUGAGGCAGGAGGAGGCGCAGCGGCAGCAGGAGGUGCAGGCCCUGCAGGGGGAGCGGGCGGCGCUGCAGACAGAGGUGGGCCAGCUGAGCACGCGGCUGGGGGAGGUGAGAGACGAGCUGGUCACCCAGAAGAGGAAGCAGGCCGCCAGCAUCAAGGACCUCACCAAGCAGCUCAUCCAAGCUCACAAGAGGCUUGACCAGGCUGACCAGAACGGGGGCUGUGACAGAGAGGGUAGCAGCAUGGGCAGUCGCUCCAGUUCUUCAGGGUAUCGUUGCCGUCCUCAAGAAAAUGGUUCCCUGAACACCCGCCCCGGCGGCGGCGGUAUGGGCGGUGGCGGGGGCGGCGGCGGGGGAAGUGGCGAGGACCGCUCCCCGGAGCAGCAGCACCUGCAGACCCCGUCGGUGAUGGUGGUGGACAGCUACCCCGAGGUGGACAAGACGCUGCUGGUGGAGCGCAUCGUGAGGCUGCAGAAGGCCCUGGCCCGCAAGCAGGAGAAGAUGGAGUUCAUGGAGGACCACAUCAAGCAGCUGGUGGAGGAGAUCCGCAGGAAGACCAAGAUCCUCCAGAGCUACGUGCUGCGGGAGGAGUCGGGGGCGCUGUCCUCGGAGGCGUCGGACAACAACAAGGCGGCCCUGGGCCGGCGGGGGGGCAUCAUGGCCUCGCUGUACACCUCGCACCCCGCCGACGCCGGCCUCACCCUGGACCUCUCGCUGGAGAUCAACCGCAAGCUGCAGGCCGUGCUGGAGGACACGCUGCUCAAGAACAUCACGCUGAAGGAGAACCUGCAGACGUUGGGGGCGGAGAUCGAGAGGCUGAUUAAACGCCAGCGAGAAACUGAAUCCACCGUCCGGGGGAAGUGACAUCAUCGUGUCACAGGAAGGAGCAAAUGAAGGACCACGGGAACUCUAGGUUUUCAAAUCCCCCCCCCCCCCCCCCCCCCAAUUUUUUUUUGAAGGAAGGAGUUUGAACUCUGGACUCUGGAAUCCGCGAGGCGGAAACGCGAGCAGCUUUGAAUGUCAGCGCUCAUAACAGCCGCUUGUCCAAUGGGAUGCUUUGAUUCCCCGACCGGUGGCCCAUCCCUGUAGCCCCGUCCAGCCUUUCUGACCAUUCCUAUCGCUUUCAGCUGGUUUUCAGCCUUCCAACGCAUGUAGCUAGCUCUUCUAGCUCCAAUUCCUCUCUGUCUUGAAGCGCUUGAGCGGCCAUAAUGAAAUUAAAUGUGAAUGUACACUUCCAGUGCGUUCUAGAAAUGGUCCUAACUACCGAUGAGAUCUUCCCGUAGAACAGAAGAACAAUUUCCAUUUUUUAAAUGUGCGUCUUCAUCCAAGUGUAAAUCCCAUCGGCCAAUCGCCACCUGAGCUCCAGGGUGAGUCCAUGCUGGAGAUGAUGUCAUCAUUUUACCACAUUAUUGUAAUUAUUAUUUAUUCCUCAUCUGCUGCCAAACAACGCCUCAAGUAUUUCAGAAGUCUACUUGGAGAAAAUCUAAAAUGAUUUGAAGCAGUAAAAGUAAGGAAAGAAUUCAUAUGCACUUCAACUCCCAGAAGCCCCAUGGGGACUAUAGUCAAACCAUUGAAGAGUUCCCCCCCCAUCUGUCACUCUUGUCGGAAACCAAGGGAUUUGUCUGCCCAGGGUCCUAAAGCCUGUAUGUUUGUGGCCCCUGGUGGAUUGAAGUGACAUCGGAGGUCCCUCACUGUGUGUUCUCCAAGCAGCCCAAGGCACUGUUUUCAAGUGUCGGAAGUCUCUUACUUUGAAAAACUCCUUUCAAUGGCAUAAAUUUAACACAAAUCCAAGGUCUGAAUGUACGUCUGGUCUUCAGUAGAUCGAUUUUGAAUGUUAUUUAAUUUAUAGAGUGACCUUUUUGUUUUAAGUUAGGUUUGAAUAUAUUUUUUUAGUUUAUUGUUUUGAGAAUCAUGUGAUUCAUUUUUGGGGGGCUAUAAGUGCUUGUUGAGAUUUUUUUAUUUUAUAAAAGUUGAUUCCUAUAUUUCAUAUUACCAAGCCUUGAUCGGGAACCCGUAUAUUUGGGAAUUAUUGUUAUUAAUUAUCAUCUACUUUCAGCAGAAUUAAGAAUUUGUGAGAUUAGCAUCUUCCUAGUGAUGUUAGGAUCAUGUUGGCAAAAACAUUAGCAUCAUGUUAGCAACCUCAUCCACUUAAUUUAUUUAAAUACCAUUAGCCAUACCCUUUAUUAGCUUUAUUUAAUACCCCAUAGACAUUGCUAGCUGCCAAAUGCAUCUAUCCUUUAUGUUCCCAGGGAAUGCCUGUGCCAAGAGUGUGAGGCUAAACAUUUCAAACAGGCCCACCCACUCCAUGAGUGACAUAUUGUUGUAGUGCGUCUCCCCAUGCCGGACCCUUAGUGAAUUUAGUGUUGCGGGAUAAGAGGGAAAAGAGUCCUGUUCCUCUCGAGGGACAAGGGACGGCCAAUGAAGAGGAAGCCAACGGGAAUGCGACCAGGGAUAAAGUGCAAUGCCUUUUGCUUUAAUAGUUCUUCUGCCCUUUUCUUGUCUCAUUUUGUUGUAAAUGAAUCUGUAAAGUGUAAUUAUUUUCGUCCAUGUUGUGUGUGCAUGUAUGGUAUGUUUGUAUGUAUGUAUGCUGUUGUGAGCGUUAGCACAGGUUACCCUUGACGGGACUGUUAGCAUCCGGUUUCUGUCCGGUGCUGUGGUGAGCGGUAGCAUAAGCAGAAGCGUGAGCUAGCCUGUCUGGGGCCGAAGUGUCUCUGGUGACGGACCCCCGCCACCAGAGGUCGUCAUGGACGUUGGGUAUGAAUGUACACGCAUAUCAACGCACACUGGCCGACGGUUGUGUGGAUCCAGUCACACAUCCGCAGACCCACCAUGUACAGGAUCUGCUCUCUCUCCGGUGGUUAGGUAUGUGUUCAUUAUGCAGUUCCCUAAUGAAGCUCCACCCCCUGCGAACUGACAGCUGGUUGUGGGGUUCUUAAUUGAUGUUCCCCACCCAUAUGGCUCAGGUGGGAAGGUCACCUUUCCGAUGUGCUGGGAUGGCUUCAUCAAGCGAUAUCCCGCAGUCCUGAAGGGUUUAUCAUGUGUUUGUCCUGAAGGGUUUAUCAUGUGUUUGUCCUGAAGGGUUUAUCAUGUGUUUGCCUUCAGAACACACCUCCUCUACUCCAUCCUCUGAAACCAUCAGCGGUCCCAGUGCUGAGAAUCCCUUAUCAAGUCGUCCGUCCAACAGAUUCCCCGCUCCUCCCUGGCAUUUAACGAUAAAGGCAAGCAUUUGGGAUCGGAAUGCACCUGAUCUUAAGAGGAAAAGCGGUUGGAAUAUGGAAUUCUGUCGAGACCUUCAUAUGUUUUGAGAAUGAAUAUGGUCUACAUAUUUGAUCCUUCUUGUGUGUGUGUGUGUGUAUAUAUAUAUAUAUAUGCAUAUAUAUAUAUAUAUAUAUAUAUAUGUGUAUAUAUAUAUAUGUAGAUAAUCAUGAUGGAUUAUUACAGUCUUGCAUAGUAGCAGUGCGACAAACCAAGUUAUGCAACUUAUGCACAGAACCUCUGUUGGGUUGGAAGCGAGUUUCUGGUUCUCUCCCUGCGUGGUAAGACUCUGUAGGACUCUGGAAACUGACGAAUCCACCGCUCGAAAUCCAAGCCAUGCAUUGUUUUGUGAAGGAAUGCAAGAAGAAAAGAUAUUCAAUGUUUGAAGUAUGCGUGGGUUUGAAUCUGUGACUUUAAAGAGCCACCAGACACUGACAUUAAAUCUGCACAGAUGGCGAGCCCUCUGGUGAAAAUCGGGUCAUUGCAAUAUAAUAUUUUACCAUAUAUGCCAUUAAAAUUAGCCAGUGCAGUACCAGUGUUUGACCAGAGGAGGCGCCGUUCACGCUGUGUGGCUUUAAUUAUGAAGUUUCAGUGUUUGUAUACUCUUGAAAGUCCUGUCAACUAAUGUCUCCUCUUCUGCCUCGUCAUGAUUCAGUUGUUUUGUGAGAUACCCAAACUGUGAUUAACAAUAUACUUUUGUGUGUGUGUAUAUAACCUGUACAAUGCUCCUAUCAUUUUUAGAAAUACUGAUUCUGGAUUAAAUUUGUACAUGUGGUGUUUCCAGGGAAUAAUAAAAAAAAAAAGUCUCUUAAA